AUGGAUAAUCAAAAUGGCAGAACUAACCCUCUAUGUUUUGUCUUCAUCUUCUUGUUUUUGUCCGGUGUCCCCUUCGCCGGAGCACAACCAGUCAACGGUAACUCAAACGAUAACAACUAUUACAACCGCGUAAGCCCCUCCAUGGCGAUAAUUAUAGUGAUACUCAUAGCUGCUCUUUUUCUGAUGGGAUUCUUCUCAAUCUACAUCCGUCAAUGCGCUGAUUCACCUUCAAACAGCAUCCGCAACAUAGCUGGAGUUACAGGACGAUCACGACGCGCGGCGCGUGGGCUCGAUGCUUCGGUGAUUGAAACAUUUCCGAUCUUUGAAUACUCGUUCGUGAAGAUUCAUAAAAUUGGAAAAGCUACUUUAGAAUGUGCUGUUUGUUUGAACGAGUUUGAAGAAACUGAAACGCUGCGUUUGAUUCCGAAGUGUGAUCAUGUUUUUCACCCUGAGUGUAUUGACGAGUGGCUCGGCUCACAUACGACUUGUCCGGUUUGCAGAGCCAACUUGGUUCCUCAACCGGGUGAAUCGGUUCAUGGAAUCCCGGUGUUGAAUACCGAACAACAAGAUAUCGAGGCUCAAAACGAUGCUGUUGAGUCUCUUCCUGAACAGGAUGGUUCUGUUAAAGAGUCAACUGAACCGGAAGUGUUGAGCGUGAACGAGACGCUGAACCGGAACCGUACGAGAGGCUCCCGGUCUGGUAGGCCUCGUUGGUUUCCGCGGUCUCAUUCGACCGGUCAUUCGUUGGUUCAACCGGGUGAGAAUACCGAACGGUUUACUUUGAGGCUGCCUCUAGAAAUGAGGAAACAGAUAUUACAGAACCCAGAAUUGCAUCGGGCUAGAAGCUUAGUUGCGUUGCCAAGAGAAACUAGUUCACGGAGGGGAUAUCGAACCGGUGGUGGCGAGGGGAGUAGCAGAGGGAAGUCUGUAAGGUGGUUGGACCGGGGUUUCAAAUCAGACCGGUGGGUUUUCACCAUGGCGCCUCCUUUUCUUGUAAGAGCGUCGUCUAUUAGGUCACCGAGGGUGGCUAAUAGUGCUGGGGAAGGUACUUCCGCUUCAGCAGCUACGGCGGCGGCUGUUGACUCGCCGCGCCCUCCGGUUUGA